AUGGAUCUUUACAAUUGGAAAAUUCUCUCACUAAGCCUUAUUCUAUUUUUAUCAAUCCUUGUAGGUCUCACUGCUUAUGCAUUGUAACUUUUACUCAGAAAAAAAAUCCCAAGCCGGUUGACAGGGAUUUUUAAUUCAUUUGCAGGUGGAACAUUUCUUGCAAUUGCCUUAUUGCAUUUAUUGCCAGAAGGAGUCGAAAAGCUCCAAGAAUUUAAAGUUUUGCCUCUUGGCUUUUUAAUAGCCUUGAUCGGGUAUUUUUUUAUACUUUUUAUCGAUAAAAUUGCCUUUUCUGAUCAUCACUUGGUGACACAUGGGAAUCAGCAUGUUGACCUUGGCGUCCACAACCAUCAGCCAGGUAUAGACGAAGAAGAAACCAGACUGAAGCAUGUCAUUUCCACAAGAGACCGAGUAGUAUGUCAUCUUGGUUCAGGCUGCGGAGAAAAUUGUGGAUCAGUCUGCGAAGAGCUUAGAAAACCAUUUUUAGAUAAAUGCAAUAAAUGGCACACUUCAUAUGUAAGCUCAGUGCUCCUUAUCAUUGCUUUAUCCCUUCAUGGAAUUCUUGAAGGGUUUGCUAUUGGACUCCAAGAAAACAGUAAAGAUUUAAUGAAUCUGACCAUUGCAGUGACUAUACACAAAGUACCUGAAAUCUUGGCGCUGUGUAUUAGCCUAGGAGACAUGACGCAAAAGCAUGCUUUUGCGUCAGUGUCUUUGCUUAUAAUGGCAAGUCCGAUUGGGAUUGUUAUGGGAAUGCUUGUGAUGAAAUAUAUAUCAACUUUUAUGAUUGGGGUGCUUUUGAGCUUUACAACUGGCACUUUUCUUUAUAUUUCAGCGUCUGAAAUUGUAGUAGAGGAAUUUGCGAUCUCCAAAAAUAAAUGAGCGAAGUUUAGCUCACUUAUGCUUGGAGCUACAGCUAUUACAUUAAUGCUAUUUCUUGAAGAGCAUGAAUAA